AUGAAUCAAUUAGAUGACUUUGAUUAGAUUGGAUUCUAAUAAUCUUCUAGUCAAAACGCCAAUUUCGACUUUGAUGGCAAUAUGAAGAAUAUGCAGGCCUCUACUAAUCACAAUCGAAAGAUGAAGGAAAAUACAAAAAAUACCUAUAUCAAAAAAAUUAGUUCACUUAUGAAAUUAUCUCCCACACAAGAAAAAAUUGAAGAGAAAUCAAUGCCAGAAAAAAAAUUAUUAACGAAACCAUUUUAAAGUCAAUAGUAAUUUAAUUAUAUUUCACAAACAGAAAAGGAAGACAAAUUAGCAAAGAAUAGAGAAUCAGCUAGAAAUAGCAGAAAAAGAAAGAAAAUAUAUCUUGAAUUACUUGAAAACAAAGUGACUAAGUUAUCUGAAUAAUUGGAUUUAUUUAAAGAUGUUAAUGAUAAAACCUAUAGUUUGGCAUAAAAUUUGUAAAUUAAAUUAACACAAAAAAAAGAACAAGAUUAAACAAAGUGUAUUUUGUUCAACAAUCUACAAACGUCAUUGUAAAAUAAUGCAUCGGAAGCAAAUGUUGAUUCAAUAAUAGACUCUUUAAAUAAAAAAUUUGGUUCAGCAUCUCAAGAAAGACAAUUCUUAAUUGAUCACUAUGCAAGAUAGAUAAACGAAAAUUGUUUGGCUCCUUUUUGCAAUUAUAUCAUUUAAAUAGCUAAGAAACAAGAUGAUAUCUUCGCUUAAAAUGAAUAAAAUAUGAAUCUUAAUUUGUUAACUUAAUUGAAAUUGGCAGAUAAAUAGAAAUAAAUACUUUUGAAAAAAUAAUAAAAAUUAUCUAAGCAUUAUCAGGAUAUCUCAAAUGCUGUUACUUAAAUAAUGGAUACAAAAUCUUAGAUCUAAAAAGAACUUGCUUCAUUUGAUUCAACUCUUGAUUAAUUGAGAAAUGAAUUAAGACCAUCCUAAGUGGCAAAGUUACUCUUAGCGAUUGAAAAGAAGGACAUGCAACAUAACUUUAAAGAAUCAUUCGAGAAAUUCUUUGGGCAUGAUAUAGAAGAGGAUGACUCUUUAGAUUUAUAUUAAUUUAUGACUGAACGAAAUCAAUGUAAUUCUCUUGGAAUUGACAUUCAAAAUACCUAUGAUGUUUUUAGAGCUUCUCAUGACUUUCUUUUUGGCAAAAAUGAAGAAUUAGAAGUUAAUUAGAUUAAUGGUAAAGAUAUUUGA